GGCCAUAUAAACAGAGGGACGCACGCCCAUCCGGCUGUAGACGCCAUGAUGGAUGUGUCUGGUGUGGGUUUCCCAAGCAAGGUUCCUUGGAAGAAGAUGUCUGCAGAGGAGCUGGAGAAUCAGUACUGUCCCAGCCGAUGGGUUGUCCGACUGGGAGCAGAGGAAGCCUUGAGGACCUACUCACAGAUAGGAAUUGAAGCCACCACGAGGGCCCGGGCCACCAGGAAGAGCCUGCUGCAUGUCCCCUAUGGAGACGGCGAAGGGGAGAAAGUGGACAUUUACUUCCCCGACGAGUCAUCUGAAGCCUUGCCUUUCUUCCUGUUCUUUCACGGAGGAUACUGGCAGAGCGGAAGUAAGGAUGAGUCUGCCUUCAUGGUCGACCCGCUGACGGCACAGGGAGUGGCCGUGGUAAUAGUGGCUUACGACAUCGCCCCCAAAGGCACCCUGGACCACAUGGUAGACCAGGUGACCCGCAGCGUUGCGUUUGUCCAGAAGCGGUAUCCAAGCAACAAGGGAAUUUACCUGUGUGGACACUCAGCCGGGGCCCACCUGGCUGCCAUGAUGCUCCUGGCCGACUGGACCAAGCAUGGGGUCACGCCCAACCUCAGAGGCUUUUUCCUGGUGAGUGGGGUCUUUGACCUGGAGCCCAUCGUGUAUACUUCACAGAACGUUGCUCUCCAGCUGACCCUGGAGGACGCUCAGAGGAAUAGCCCCCAGCUGAAGGUGGCCCAGGCACAGCCGGUGGACCCCACCUGCCGUGUGCUGGUGGUCGUGGGCCAGUUCGACUCCCCCGAAUUCCACCGACAGUCCUGGGAGUUUUACCAGGUACUCCCAGCGCAGACCCUGUGUCAAGGAGAGUGGAAAGCCUCAUUUGAAGAGCUCCACGAUGUGGACCACUUUGAAAUCGUUGAGAAUCUGAUCCAGAAGGACAACGUGCUCACCCAGAUUAUCUUGAAAACAAUCUUCCAGUAGUUCUGACGGUACUUGGAGCCUGGUCCACGUGCAUCCCACCUUGGGAAGCCUCUCCAAAGAGCUUUCGGAGCUGACACUGACAGCUUCAGUUUCCCCCAGCACCCAGGAGAGCCUUGCUGUGUCUGUCUGCCCGGCAAGAGUCCAUUCUCACUGCCGGGACACUCAUGAAAAUCUCCAGGUCCUCCCUCUUCCCAGCCUGGAUGGAGCUCCAGGGCUGGGGAACGUCCGCAAGUCAAUGCUCGGAGAUGCCCGGAGCUGCCUCUUAGACUCGUCUGGCCCCUCUACCUGCUGACAGAGCAUGACAAAGAUGACGCUCAAAAGUAAUGCCAUUACUUUUAGAGGUAAUGGCAUUACUUCUUUUUUUUUUUUUUUGAGAUGGAGUCUUACUCUGUCACCCAGGCUGGAGUGCAGUGGCGUGAUCUUGGCUCACUGCAACCUCCACCUCCCGGGUUCAAGCAAUUCUCCUGCCUCAGCCUCCUGAGCAGCUGGGACUACAGGCGCCUGCCAUCAUGCCGGGCUAAUUUUUGUAUUUUUAGUAGAGACGGGGUUUCAACAUAUUGGCCAGGCUGGUCUCAAACUCCUAACCUUGUGAUUCGCCCGCCUUGGCCUCCCAAAGUGCUGGGAUUCCAGGCGUGAGCCACUGCGCCCGGCCAGAAUGGCAUUAUAUUUAAAUGGUUCAUAAAGAAGCACAAAAGAAUAUUAUUUCAUAACAUGUAAAAAUUAUAUAAAACGUAAAUUUCCAUGUUGAUAAAUAAAGUUGUAUUGGAACACGG